AUGUCACUGGCGAUACAAAACCGAACUUUCGAGUUCCAGCAAUGUGUGUCGUCGUACGACAAGAUCAACAGAAGGCAGCAGAACACUCAGCGGCAAGAUAAUCAACCACCAAAGAAGUCACGGUUCUCCCAACAGGCGCUGAUAAUCGCCAAAGACAUUGCACACACAACAGAACUUCUACUGAAGCUUGCGCUUUUGGCAAAGAAGAAGCCUUUAUUUGAUGACAGGCCAGUGGAGAUUGGAGAAUUGACAUAUGUGAUCAAACAGGACAUAUUCAAGAUUGAACAAAGCAUCCAGAACCUUCAGAGGUUUGCCAAAGGCGAGCUGUCGAUCCAGAUGGAUUCGCAGGUGACCCAGUACUCUAAGAACGUGUUGAACUUGCUUAAUUCUAAGAUGAAGAACGUCAGCGGUGAGUUCAAGAACGUCUUGGAACUCAGACAAAAGAAUGAACUCAUGAACAAGACUAGAACAGAAAACUUUUUGAGUGCCGCCACAAAUAGACGACAGAACUCACUGACGCCGCUUAGCGAGAGCGGUGACUCGGCUAGAGGAACUGGAGUAAACAACUCAUUGCAUAACUUGGGUGAGAAUCCAUACUUACAAACCAUGGCUGCCGAAGAAGACUCGGCCCAGAACGGAGGAAACGAACUUCUUUCCAUCCCAGAUCAAACUAGACAACUUCUUCUCAUGGAAGAACAAAGCAAUGAAUACCUACAGCAGAGAAACAGUGCUGUCGAGACAAUCGAGGCAACCAUCAACGAGGUGGGUAACUUGUUCCAGCAGUUGGCCACUAUGGUCACGGAGCAGGGAGAAACAAUUCAAAGAAUUGACCAGAAUGUCGAGGACAUAGACAUGAACAUCUCUGGAGCACAGAGAGAGUUGCUCAAGUAUUAUGCACACAUUUCCAACAACAGAUGGUUGUUUUUGAAGAUUUUCGGCGUUUUGCUAUUCUUCUUCUUCUUGUGGGUGAUGGUGAGUUAA